AUGGUCUGUCACCCUGAUGUAAUCAGCACAGGGAACACCAUGGAGAACGAGGCUGAAGUUGACGUUAAACACCAGACGACUUACUCCAAUGGUAAACCUACCAACACUCAGGAGAAAAACAGCUCUCACGUCAUCACUGUGAACGGUGAUGUCAACGAAGAGAAGAAGGUGAAGAAUGAGGACGAUGACGAGGAUCCGUGGGCUCUACCCGAGCUGGGUGACAACACGGAACAGUGGAAAGACCUGGACACCCGAGGGAAGGUGAAGCGUGUCGUCUGGCUGGCCCUGAGGUUCGUGUUCCUGGUUGGCCUGAUGUACCUCUUCAUCUGUUCUCUGGACUUUCUCAGCUCGGCCUUCCAGCUGCUCGGGGGCAAAGCCGCAGGUGAAGCAUUAGGGAGCUCUGUUCUACUUAGCAACCCGUUAGCAGGUUUGAUGGUUGGGGUCCUGGCAACGGUCCUGGUUCAAAGUUCAUCAACGUCCACGUCAAUCAUCGUCUCCAUGGUGUCGGCUGGCAUUCUAAAAGUACGGCUCGCCAUCCCUAUAGUGAUGGGCUGUAACAUAGGGACCACUGUGACCAACACGCUGGUAUCACUGGGACAGCUCAAUGUUAAAAGUGAUUUCAGACGUGCAUUCGCCGCCGCCACCGUCCACGAUAUGUUUAAUUGGCUGUGUGUGUUGGUGCUCCUGCCGCUAGAGGUCGCCUCUCACUACCUGUACCGAAUGACCGACGCCAUCACCCAAAAUCUCGCCUACAACCAAUCAGACUCUACCGCCACCUCAAAUCCAAAAAUGCUCAAGGCCAUUACGGAACCUUUUACAGAAAAGAUAAUCCAGUUGUCUUCAAGUAAAAUCAGAGCUAUUGCCAAAGGUGAAGAGGUCAACGGAAGUAUCAUUGUACCAGGUGAUCACGUGUUUGACGGGUGGAGCGGGACAGACGCACAGGCCGGGGCCAUUAUAUUGGUUGUGUCCCUUGCCUUGUUGUGUACCUGCCUCGUUCUGGUGGUGAAGAUCCUCAGCUCUUUACUCAAGGGAGCCAUCGCUAAGAUUAUUCAGAGAGUUGUGAAUGCUGACUUCCCGGGUCCUUUCAAAUACCUGACCGGCUACUUCGUCAUGCUCGUAGGCGCAGGUGUCACCAUCGUUCUACAGAGCAGUUCCAUCUUCACAUCAGCCCUCACCCCCCUGGUCGGGGUGGGAGCGAUCCACCUGACCCGGAUGUACCCUCUUACUCUCGGCUCCAACAUCGGCACAACAGUAACCGGGAUCCUGGCGGCAUUGACCUCGUCACCUUCCACGUUCAGAGAGUCGCUUCAGAUCGCGCUGUGUCAUUUAUUCUUCAACAUCUCCGGGGUCAUGCUCUGGUACGUCGUCCCUCCCACCCGCAAGCUGCCCCUGGGGUUGGCUAAAUUUCUAGGCCAGACAGUCCACACUUACCGCUGGUUUGCCGUAGUGUACAUCAUCUUAGUUUUUCUUCUGUUGCCUCUCGCCAUCUUCGGCCUCUCCCUCGCCGGCUGGGAGGUCCUCGUCGGGGUGGGAGUCCCCGUUGUCCUUCUCGUCAUCUUCAUCAUCGUCGUCAACAUCCUACAGAAAAAAGCACCAAAAUUUCUUCCCGCCCGACUCAAAACCUGGGAGGACUCUGGAAUCCCAGAACCUCUGAGAUCUUUAAGGCCGUACGACAAUUUCUUUGUCCGGUUAUCAAAAUGCUGCUGUUCCUGUCGUAAGAAACACGACGCUGCCGUCGGUGCUUACUGUAACGAAGGACUCGUUGACGACACUGAAACGACCACCGCUGACGUCACCGGAAAUCAUUCAACAAGCAGCAGCGAUCGAACAGUAGUUACCAAGUUUUAA